AUGAACCAGUUCAUCCAGGAACUGCGCAAUCUGAGCAGUACCAGCAGUGCCAGCAGCAACAGUAGCUUCGACUCGGGCUUCUCCGCAUCCUUCGCGGGGGACUCCAACGUCGGUAGUGGCCGGGCCACCACCACCAACAACAACUCCAUCAUCAACAACUCCUCAACCCAACAGCAAUUCUGGGGCAACAAGUCACUCUGGGGUGGAUCGCUCCAGAGCCCAUCGUCUGUGGCAGACUCAUCAUCUUCAUCACCGUCAUCCGCUGCCGCAGAAUCAUCGAAUACUAACCACAACAACAACAGUAUGUAUGUUAGCAAAAAUUCCCAUCAUCCACCAUCCAAUUCCUCCCUCUGGAGUACGACAGUCAACUCGUCCUCCCAGGUUCAUCAUUCCCCAAACUUCUCCUCGGGUAUUUGGGAAAAUUCAGGUACGAAAGCAGCCGACCUAACCCCGUCCGCGGCGGCGGUCUCGUCCCUUGGUUCGCUCUGGAUGAUUCCGGAAACAUCCCGAAGCGUUUGGGGUGGAGACUCCUCCCCGAAACCCAAUUCCCAGCUGUUGCGACCAACGGAGAUCGGUGGCAGCAGCAGCAGCAGCAGUGGCGGAAGCGGAAGCGCUGGUGGCAGCAGCAAACUGAGCACCCUGUGGGCUCCCAAUGCUGUGGCCAGUGCGACCGCGCCGCCGCCGCAACUGCAACAGCCGCAGCCGCCGCCGCCAUCUUCCUCGCUGGUCACCUCUGGGAAUGCCCGAGCUCGAGCUUCGGUCUCGGCGGUCUGA